AUGUACAUGCAAAGCAAUACAGCGCCUUUAUCAACAACAUCCAAAAUUUCCCAACAACAAGAAUUGCAGCAAAGAGCCUCCAUCAUGAAUCAACCACCAUCAGCCAACAACAUCUUAUUUGGACAGGCCGACAGCUCUCCAAAUAACAACAACAACAUCAAUGCCUACAUGCAACCACAAAGCGCGCAUGUGUUUCAAUCACCAAGCAAUAGCAACUCCGCACAGCCCAUUCCGAUCCAACAUCACGAUAGCAACAUCCAACAGCAGCAGCAGCAACAACAACAACUUUCAGCCUCUUCAGUAGCAACAUUAACCACAUCCUCUUCUUCUUCCGUGUAUCACGUACAAUUUUUGGAUUCACUUCUCAAUGAUGAGGAUAUGAUGAACUCUUUAAAUUCCUUCAUGAUGACCUCUAUGAAUCAAGCUGAAGGAGUGAGUCAUCCCUUGAUGAUACAACACCUUCACCUUCCCAAUAACACAUCUCAGCAGUUCCUGAUUCAACAACCCAACGAUCUCCGUGGUGCAGAUAACAGCACUAACGUAGUACUUACCACUUCCAACGUUGGAGAGAAUCACCCUCCGAGGCAGCACACUGCGGAAAAAUUAGCUCUAACGCACCAACAACAAACAAUGAAUCUGUCACCAACAACAACAUCAAAAAACAUCCCCAUUUUAUCAACCUGUGGCAUGAACAGUACAGUGCCUUCUUUGAACGCAAAUUUAUCUUCAACAACAACCAUAGCUGCAUCAGCCACAUCGUCAUCAACGGCAAUCACGGAGGACAACACUGUCAAUCAAAGCAAAGAAGCAAAUCUGCAUCCAAUUGCUUGUUCACGGUGUCGCGAACGACAUAAACGAUGUGAUAGAAAAUUACCAUCCUGUGGAUAUUGUGAAAAACAAGGAUUACCAUGCAAUUACACAACACCAAAAAAACAACGAAGAGUGUAUCAACGAGCGAUACCCGUACCAGCAGGCAAUGAUGUAUCAAGUAUUACAAUGGUCACUGGUGGAGGAUCUUCGGGAAGCUUUUUCACAUCGACUCCUCUUUCAGCAGUAAGUUCUGCAUUAUUGCCAAGAAGAGGAUCAGUAGAUUCAAACAUUUCUUCCGUUUCUGCAACAUCGGGCAUGUCAAGCUCAACAGGAGGAUCAAACUCCAAUGAAGCCACAAACGCAUUUGAAAUUUUCACAUUUAGAUGGCAAGGAAAUUCAAACUCAAAUUCAAAAACUUCCUCUUCAAAUAAGAAAAAACGAAAGAGUGUUUCACAAAAUCCUUCAGAAUGUCCAUUGUCACCACAAAGCCUCACAAAAAGAAAUUCAUUACCAGGAACUGUUGUUCAUGAUAUUUCACAGAAUGGCAUUGGAUCAAGCUCUUCAUCAGCAAUGCCUGUGAUUAAUGACAGACGUGAUGAGACUCUAGAAGCAUAUUCGUUCCCCAAGAAAAAGAAAUCUUCCGAUCAACAAUCACUAAUUCAAAGCUCUUCGACAAUGCAGACAUCUAUGGGUAAUUCGAUCAUGCCACAAGGUUUGACCAAUAAUCAACAACAAUUCGAACAUUUGACCUUAUUAGCACAAACUCAAAACUCUCCAGGUGUGGUCGUGACGAAUUCUUCGAGUAUACUCUAUAACAAUCAAUUAGGUACACUGAACACUCUUCAUCAACAACAACCACCACAACUUCAACAACAAUCACCAAAUAUUGAUCCUUCCUUUUUCAGAAAAUCAAUAUUCGAAUUUUUCUUCAGAUAUGUUUCGGUCGGAUUUUCUUUAAUCCCAAAUGAGGUAUUCGACCCGUAUUUAUUCGGAACAGAGGCGAUGAACACGGCAUUUGGAAAAGAUUUAAUGUCACUCUUAUAUGCCAUUCACGCUACGACAAGUGUUGUGUUUAAAAAUUAUGAGGAAGCAGAAUUAGCAUUUAGGAAAUCAGAAUUUAUUUUACCUUCUAAUGUUGAUAAUUUAGAUCAAUCUGCUCCAAUGCGUCAGAGUCAAAUUUAUGACUCAAAUUAUGCAUUGGCUAGGAAUCUUGUUUUGGCAAAUUAUUGUUAUUUUGUUGGAAAUGUGAAAAAAGCAAAAAGAUAUUUAUUUAUGGCUGAUAAAUCGUUAGAAAAGAAAAUUCCAAAUUACGCAAACAGAUCAUUCCUGAACUGUCCUACGUUGCCUGAUGAUGAAGAUACAACCGGAACCCUUAAUCAAUACUCAGUAUUUACAAAUCUUCCAAAUGAUGUCAUGGUGUUGAUGAAAAUGAGACUAUUCAUGGGAAUGAAAGUAGAUGAAAUUAGUUUUAUGAUGGAGAGAGGACUUGAAUACGUGAACGGGUUGAUCGACUUUACACAACCUUCUGUUUCACAUGCUUCAUUGUCAAGUUCACUCAAUGGACCGAUCACAUCUGCGUGCUUGUGGGAUGACACCACCUUUUCCUUCAAGUCAUUGGUGGGAAUGUCAAUGCUUACUUCUUUCUUCUAUUUGACAGGUACAAUACCAGCAGAGGUUUUAGCUGUGACCAUGCAACCACUCACGUCAGACAAUAUUAAGAUCUAUCUCACGCUCUCUUUCCUUAUCAGAAAGAAGAUUAAGAUCCAUGCUAAAGCAAGACCUCAGCACUUUUAUGGAGAUCAAAACUCAGUCAUUUCUUCACCAUUGGCCAUGUUGACUGAUCUCUUUUCAUUGUCAUGUAGUAUCCUUAUGCUUCAUGAGACCAUGCGCAAUCAGAAAUUAUACAAUGAUGGUCAGACUGAUCAAAUGCAAUAUACCACUGUCAUGUUCCAGUAUGCAGACCAAAUGAAAGAUAUUAUUCAUCAGAUUCCCGAAGACGCCAUCAACAUUUCAUAUUUAAAUUUGGGAAUUUUAUAUUUAUUAGUCAUGUAUUUUAAACAGUUGGAAGAAAUUGAGGUACAAGCAAUGAGAAAUGGAUUUUCAUUACACACAAACGAAGCUUUCCAAAAACAAUUAACUUCUCUGGCCAUUGUACAUCGAUUUAUUGCGAUCAUAGCUAAUAAGCACCCAGUGGCAAUGGAAAAAUUCAAAGGCACGCUCGAAAGAAUUGGGCACUUUCUAAUGAGGUAUAGUGGGACAUCAGCUGCGAUGAUGACAAAUGUCAUUCAUCCACCCACUCUGUAA